AUGCUUGAAUCGAAUGACAAUUAUCCGGUUUUUCCCAGCUUCUCUGAUGCUGAAAUCAAAGAUCAAUUGAUUCCUGAAAUUAGUCAAUGGGCCUUGGCCAAUGGGCUUAUAAUGUACCCACCGGGUUUUAACGUCGCUCAAGGCAUGCUAGCUCCAACGACUUUGUAUCCGACUCCAUUUCCACGCGAAAGUUUCGAGCAAGCCAAAUCCGUUCAAGUUCUGUAUAACGAGCUGUAUGCCAAGAUCUCUCAAAAUCAGGAUCUUUGGUUGAGCAGCCACAUAAAAGAAUUGGCCCAAUUCGAUCCAGAGUUUACGGGAAAGCUUUGGGACCUUUAUUUGAAAGCCCAAGAUAUCGGGAUUUGUCAGAGUAUGACUCUUGGGGUGUUCCGAUCAGAUUAUCUAUUGGACUCAGAGAGCUUAGAGGUCAAACAGGUUGAGUUCAAUACCGUUUCUGUGUCCUUUGGUGGGCUUUCUACUAAAGUAGGACAGCUGCACAAUUUUUUGAAUGAUUCUGGCAAGUAUUCCAAGGACAGUGGAUCGAAGUUUUACGAGCAAGAUAUUCCGGUGUCAAGCUCUGCCGAUUUGCUAGCUAAGGGACUAUCAGAGGCAGUGAGAAACUUCAAAACCGAAGAGAAACAUACUCUUGUUGCCUUUAUAGUACAAGAGAAUGAAAGAAAUGUGUUCGAUCAACGUAUUCUGGAAUACAACCUUCUUGAUAAGUACGGGAUAAAAUCGGUCAGAAUAUCUAUUCAAGAGGUUCACAUCAAGACUUCGAUACAUGCAGAGACCAAAAGGCUCUACUACGAGCACACAGGAGAGGAAAUAUCCGUGGUUUACUUCAGAGCUGGCUACUCUCCUCAGGAUUUCUUGAAUAAUCAGGACUGGCAAAAUAGACUUUUAUUAGAAACGAGCUAUGCCAUCAAAGCGCCAAACAUACUUACCCAAUUAGCCGGCUCCAAGAAGAUUCAGCAAAUUUUAACUGAUGAUUCGAUUUUGAAGCAAUUUAUAGACGACAGUGAUGUUCGCAAAAAGCUUGGCGAUUCAUUUGUCAAGAUACACCCAAUGGACAAUUCAGAUGCCGGUUUGAAAGCCAAAAAAAUGGCGAUGGAAACUCCAAACAACUUCGUGCUGAAACCUCAGAGAGAGGGUGGUGGGAAUAACAUAUACAAGGCUGAUAUUCCGCCGUUCCUCAAUAGUAUCCCCGAGCAGGACUGGAGUGGUUAUAUUUUGAUGGAACUGAUCAAACCUGAACCUACGACCAAAAACAUCGUAGUAAGAGGCGACCAAUUCUCUCAGGAGCCAAUUUUAAGCGAACUGGGUACUUUUGGCUACAUUCUUUUCGAUGCUAACAAAAUUUACUUAAAUGAGUACGCAGGUUGGUUGCUGAGAUCCAAAUCUAGCUCCUCUGACGAAGGUGGAGUGGCAGCUGGUUUCGGAUGCGUAGACAGUGUAGUUCUGUAUUAG